AUGGAAGAAAUAUUUUUGAAUUUAUCGACAAAAUUUAUAAUAAAUUUACCUCUAGAAGAGCAGCAAUCUUUAGAAAGGUUGUGCUUCCAAGUUGAAGCUGCUCAUUGGUAUUACGAGGAUUUCAUUCGUGAAUGUCAACCAGAGUUACCAAGCUACCAUUUAAAGCAAUUCAGUCAGCAGUUCUUCAAGUACUGCCCGUUAUUAUCCAAAAACUACCACUUGCACGAGAAAGCGUUUGCUGAUUUCAUUAGAUAUAAAACUAGAGUACCUGUUUGUGGGGCUAUCAUAUUAAACCCUCAAUAUACACACUGUUUAUUGGUCAAAGGCUGGAAACAAUCCUCCGCUUGGUCUUUCCCCAAAGGUAAAAUUAAUUUAGACGAACAGCACCAUUUGUGCGCAAUUAGAGAGGUUUUAGAGGAGACUGGAUAUGAUUGUACAUCAAAGCUGAUAGAGACCGACUUUAUUGACGUCGCUAUAAAAGACCAGAAGAUUAGACUUUACUUGAUACAAAAUGUGGAUAUGAACACUGAGUUUAAAACCCAAACAAGGAAGGAGAUAUCAAAGAUACAAUGGUUUAAAUUGACUGACUUACCAAGCUGGAAUAAGAAUACUAAACAUAUUUCUACUUCAAAAUUCUACUUGAUUACUCCUUUCAUAGGGUGA